AUGAAUAUCCAACAAGACAACCAAAACAAUAUCUCCGGCAGUUGCACCUCUUCCUACUCUAUCCCAAAAGCAAAAUAUCGCCCAAAUGAGCUCAUUUUUACUCGCGUUGGGCCUCUACGCAUUAACAUGGAAAUUUCAGCCAGAAGCAAAGAUCACCACCCGUUGUAUUCCAUCGACAUUACCGGUCUAUUCAGCGACACCACCGAGAUCACGUUAUACACUGGCUCAAAAAAGGACGAACACGUACUAGGCCGCUGCCGUUUCAACAAGUUCCGCACAUCGGAGAUGCAGAUCAGUCUCCAUGGGGGAGGCUCAUCGCGCAUGGUAUGGAUCAAGCAUCAUGAUUAUUAUCGCUGGUCCGUUCCAAGGGAACCUGAAGCAGGCGACAAGGCUGCCAUAUUGGAAGAAAAGUAUUUUCUAUGGAAAGCUACUGAGCAACCCCCGUCGCUAUCGGGCAAUCGUGUGUUCCAAAAUCUGGAACUUUGUGAUAUGGACAAUGAUGUGGUAUAUGCUGCAUAUUCAGGGGCUGCACCGGGUACCAAAGAUGGUGGUCAUUUGCUUCUGAGAGACGAUUUGGGACAAGAUUUUACCGCCAUGGUCAUAUUGACACUCUCUGGUUUGAUUGAAAAGGAAAGACAAAAGAGGGCUCGGAAGGGCAAUUAUACGAUUGGCAUGUUAGCCUAUUAA